AUGGUUCGUGUUAGAGGUGACGGAGUCAAGAAUCCUUGUGUUGAUGGUCUUUUCUCUGUUGUUAUGGUGGCCAAGCAGUUCAAAAUUCGUUUCCCUUUUGAUGUUAGAUCGUGGUAUGGGAGUACUCCAACUCUCGCGCUGUUUGGAGGCUCACACGGCCUUCUUUUCUUGGUUUUGCUGAUAACUUCUGUGUACUCCUUUUUCUUCGAUAAACAAGUCACAGAGAAACCAGAUGCAUAUGGUCUGGUUUCGUGUGCAGCAUUUGCUAUUAUGUCACUAGGCUUGUCAAGACUCAGUCACUUUGGAUUUGAGGUCGAUCUUGCCAGAACUGGGUAUGCUGGAAUCCAUGUCAACGAUGACGUAGUCAUCGAAAUUGGUUCACACUCAGAAACAAGCCGAAAUUUUUCAAGAGUUGGUUCACCUCAAACUAUUACCACAGUUGGUAAUUCCCUCGGCAUGCCGCAAGACGUUGUUGUCUCGGAAGGAGACGAAGAUUCAGUAUUCGUGGUCACUCAAGGAAAAGAUGACAGUAACAAAAGUAUCAUGGCACGAUUCAUGGAAUGUAUAGAGGUGCUUAAGAAGGAGAAUAAGACCCUUAUCAGCACAAUUUCCAAACACGUAGAUGGAUACCUUAAAGCUAGUGUGGUCAACAAGAUUCCAACGGUGGAACUCCAUGCUGACAACAACUUGGUGGUUGAUACAUUGCCUGCUGGAAUCAUCAAUGACCUUCACGAAGCCGUGUGGCUGAUACUGGCUGAAGGGUUUGAGGAGGAUUGUUGCAGAGUAUACUAUACUUGCCGAAGGGAGUUUCUGAAAAAGUGUUUAUGGACUUUUGGGUUGCAAAUGCAAGAGCUUUGUAUGGAGGACAUUGAUAAGAUGGAAAAGAUUCAGAGUUGGUUAACAAAGGUUUUGUAUGUAAUUGAUAAUGUACUCCUUCCCAAUGAAAGGACACUCUGUGAUCGCGUCUUUAAAGGGGUCUCUUCCGCUGGGGACUUUGCUUUCACUGUGGUUUGUAGAGAAUUGAAUAUUUGUUUGGUUCGCAUUGCCAAUCAUUUGGCAACUAUUAUGGAGUGUGAAAAUUUUACAUAUUAUGAGGGUGGUGAGCUUCAUCCUAAUAUAUGUGAAUUGAUGUACAAAAUUCGUUAUGUUUGCAUACAGAGGGAUAAUAAAUCUAGGCAAGUAUUAGAAGGAUACACCAUGUUUGAUAAGGAGGGAAAGCUUUCACCGUCUGGGAAUGUGGCCAGGAUAACAGCCCUGAUAGAGAGAAUUUUGGAAGUGGAGUCCAAAAAAUACCAUAACCCUUCUCUGGGAUAUGUUUUCAUCAUGAACCAUCUGAAUUUCAUAGAACUAGAAGCAAAGUUCUAUGGAUUGGUUCCUAUUUUUAGUCAAGAUUGGCUCCGGAAAAUCACAACAAAAUUUCAGCAAAACCUCGAACUCUAUCUGAGAAGCUCGUGGAAUAAGAUUGUGGACUUUCUAAAGUUUGAUAUUUGUGAAUCAGAGACUAGUGUUGCGAUUGGGUUACUGAAAGACAGGAUAAAUUCGUUCAACGAACACUUUGAUGAGAUAUGCAAUGUUCAGUCUACUUGGUUUGUGUUUGAUGAAGAGUUAAGAAAACAUAUUGUAAAAUCCAUAGAAAACAUAUUGUUGCCAGCAUAUGGAAACUUCAUUGGAAAGUUGCAUAAUUUUCUUGGCAAACACAGUUAUAAUUAUAUUAAGUAUGGAAUGUUUGACGUCCAAGAUCGAGUCCGCAAUCUGUUUGUUGUGAUGAACAAUAAGAAUCUGUAUCUGAAGCACAAGUGGAAGACAUCCAAGCGCUUGCAUUGA